AUAUCUACUAGCAGUGGAUCUAGACCGUUAUAGGAACUCAUGUCAUUGUCACACUUUGGUGCAGGCGUUAAUUCAAUAAAAUCUUCUGUUCAUACAUUUCCGAGCGGUGAUAUUUCCACUUUUCAAGUCGGUAACGGAAACCUGCAGCUUAAAUUUUCUGCAGAUCAAGGAAAAAUUGUUUAUGGAAACAGCAAGAGAUCGGUUGAUGAAUUGGUUGAUCAAUCAUACAGCUACUAUUCAGGAUAUGAUGGAAGACGGGACAAAGCUCCACAGAAUGCUGGGGCUUAUAUUUUCCGUCCAAAUGGGACAUUUCCCAUAGUUCCCAAUAAACAGGUUCCCGUGACAGUUAUACGAGGUCCGUUGAUCGAAGAAGUACAUCAACAGAUAAAUCCCUGGAUCUAUCAGGUAACCAGACUUCAAAAGGAAAAAGAGCACGUUGAAGUAGAAUUUACUGUUGAAAGGAGGGGCAUUGACUGAACAUAUGCUGCAAAGUCUCUUAGCAAAUAAUUUAGCUUAUAAUUACAAUUUAAUAUUAUUUGAAAUAUUUAUUAAUA